AGUUCGAAGUGUCGCGUGGUCGCGGCGAACGUGCCGAGCGUUACGCUCAUGGACACUUUAUUUUCAUUCACGAAACGUUAGUAUUGAAUGGACUUAAAAAAAUAUACAGUGUUGUACUCAAUUCUAUAUACUGACGUAGAUAGUAUAUCGGUGCCUGUGUCUGUUCUUGUUACCAAUCGAUUCUUCUUUUAUUUUAACGAAUUAGCUAGCUCUACCAUUUUCGAGUAAGUUGUUUCGAUGUGUGAAUUCUGAAGUUGUUCGCAGUGCUUUCAGUGUCAGCUGUGUAAGCUCGUUUGUUGUCCCUCUCUGUUUACUCGAAAGGGAAAGGGAGGUCGGACUGCAUCGAGCACUUUUGUUUUCAUGAUUUUCUUUACUGAAAAAUAGAGCGAACUGAUAAAAUAAAUCGCUUCAAUAUCUUGUGCAUACAAGAAUAUUUUAAGUAAACAAAGAACAUUCACACCGCCCACGAAGCGAGAUAACGCAGCAUCCCGUCCACCGACUUAAUCUGGAACACGGUAACAGGAAACAAUGAUGAUAGGGCCCUCAUCGUAGAUAUAUUAUAGAUGAGAGACAACUUUCACAUCAUUGAUACUAUUAUGGUUAGCUGACGUCUAGCUAUCGAUUCGAGAAUGAUCAAAACAAUGUCAGCUAAUUUACCCACUGCCACACAUACAGACAAACGUAGUGUAUGUGCAAUGAUUGCCAUAAAGUCGCCAAAGUGUUAUGACGUAAAUGCUAUAAUAACAUCAAUGCAUGAUUGUGGUACUGGUUUGGCGACAAAACAAAUAUGCCAAGUAGAGAAUACCAGUAGAAAUAUGACCAAUGAUAAUCAUUCCAAUGAUAAUUUAGACGAAAUUCAUGAAACGACUGAUUUAGAUAGGUGUAGAAUAAAUAUGGAUAAAUACGAAUAUAAAGAUACGAUCGAAAGGCGAAAUUCUCACACAUUCGGAGAAAUAAAACGAAUCGAAUUGCAUAAUAAAAGAGACGUAUACGGAAAAGAAUCGAUUAACAAAAAGAGGGUGGAGGUUGACAUAGAUGGUAGUUCAAGGCAGACCGCUGAUUUGAAAUUUAAAUUCGUCCGGGAUGUACGGGAGUGCACAGGAGUGGUUGGGAGGACAAUGGGCGUGUGCGUGCGAGUCGUCGCCGUCACAGGAUUAUUAUUGACGUUGGUGGCGACAUGCGACGCGGCGCCGUUGAGAUCGCGAUACGAGCACAGAGCACAUUCACAUGUGAGAAGUUACCUGGAGACGUUUGGCUAUCUCAGAAAAGGUCAUCCAGAGGUGGGAAACCUUCAAAUAGGAGACGUGCAAGCACACGAGGACGAUUUUAAGAUCGCUAUUAAGACGUUACAAGAAUUCGGUGGCAUUCCAGUAACGGGUGAAAUCGAUGAAGCCACCGCCAAUUUGCUCAAACAAAAGCGAUGUGGACGUCCUGACAGGGAAAUUGGGGAUGAAGAAAAUGGCCGGAGAAGAAAAAGGUUUGCAGUGCAGGGCGAGAAGUGGAAACACACCAACUUAACCUGGAGUUUAAAAUCAGAUCGACGACCGUCUCAGCUGGACCCAUAUGCCACCAGAAGCGUCCUCGCACGUGCCCUCGACGUCUGGGAGCAAGCGUCCAGACUUACCUUCAGGGAGAUCAACUCAGAUGACGCUGACAUUGUAGUCUCGUUUGCUAAGCGUUACCAUGACGAUGCAUAUCCAUUUGAUGGACGUGGGUUAAUUCUUGCACAUGCAUUCUUCCCGGGCACCGGACGCGGCGGCGACGCGCACUUCGAUGACGAUGAACUAUGGCUGUUGCAUCCAAAAGAUGACGAUGAAGGUACAUCUCUAUUUGCCGUUGCGGCGCAUGAAUUUGGGCAUUCCUUGGGUUUAAGUCACAGUUCUGUUAAAGGAGCACUCAUGUUUCCUUGGUAUCAAGGCAUCCAACCCAAUUUUGUAUUGCCCGAAGAUGAUCGUAAUGGCAUUCAACAAAUGUACGGUCCUAAAGUCAGAAAACCAUGGGCGAAAAUACCUUACUAUCCAGUAGAAACCCCACCUCCAACCACCACAACAACCACGACUACGACCACCACUACAACAAGGAGACCCUUCUACUGGAACCAUCACCACAAUAGGCACCCAAAUCACAGAACCGAUUACACACCCUUCCCGCGUAACAGAUAUCCUACCUAUUACCCAGAGAGAACUAAUCCUGAACGGCCCGCUCGGCCCCCUUACUACCCAGACCGUCGCCAUUACAAUACAACCGAAGAACAUCCAAGAAGGACGAACAAUCACUACCCGCGUCCUACACCCGAGACAACUACGCAGCCUACUACCUACCGCCCUCGUUAUCCACAAGUGAAUACAGAGUACCCAAGGUAUCCCAGGCCGAAUUAUCCAACGGAUCCGAGACACGAUUAUCCUAGAAGGCCUUACUAUCCUGAGAAAACAACCACUGUUAGACCGACACCACCGCCUGACAAACCGGACACUUGUAAUACUAGUUACGAUGCUGUGGCACUUAUACGUGGAGAACUGUUCAUUUUCAAAAAUAGAUAUCAUUGGAGGAUAGGAGCUCAAGGUCGAUAUCCCGGAUAUCCUAUGGAUAUAUCAAGAAUGUGGUCAGGAUUACCAAGAAACUUUACUCACGUCGAUGCUGUUUACGAAAGGCCGGAUAAAAAGAUUGCAAUCUUCUUAGGAAGAGAACUUUAUUUGUUUGACAUACAAAACUUGAUGCCGGGAUAUCCAAAACCAUUGAGUCAACUUGGAUUACCAGCAAGUUUAGAAAAGUUAGACGCAGCUAUGGUGUGGGGGUAUAAUAGCAAAACUUACUUUUACAGCGGCUCUGUGUAUUGGAAAUAUGAUGAAGAAGAAGGUCGUGUUGAACCUGACUAUCCUCGUGACAUGUCAAUGUGGAAAGGUGUUGGAUACAAUAUUGACAGCGUGUUCCGAUGGAAAGAUGGUAAAACUUAUUUCUUCAAAGGCAAAGGUUUCUGGAAAUUUAACGACCUGCAGAUGCGAGUAGAACACGACAAGCAACUACCAUCAGCCCAGUUUUGGAUGGGUUGUUACCCAGAACGUGCCGGUCGGCGUGCACAGGAGCGCGUAUUACCCGCACCCGGUUCCACUAUGCGAUCACCUAGUUCUGCACCAUUAUCAAUGAAUGUCAGUAUAUUUCUACCUAUGUUAUGUUCUGUUAUCCUUGUACUCUAUAAUAUAAUUUCUUUACCGUAUAUAUCUACACUAAAAUAGUGGUUUCUUGUUAUACUUACCAUUAUUGGUAACAUGGUUAGGCUGCUAAGAAUUACAGAUAGUCAAACAUUUAUUUGACAAUUGUAUUGUGUCCAGAGAACUUAACGCGUUAAUGGCCUGCAUGAAAAAAAAAAUUAUACGUGGGCAGAAGGCUGUAUUGUUUUCUAUAUGUAUUAAAAUAAUUGUAAUUUUACUUAGUUAUGACUACCACUGAAGCAUAAACGUAUUGCCACAUUGUUUGAAGGCAUAGUGCUAAUUUGAAUUGAAAAAUAAUAAAACUCUCGUGUUUUUUCUUGUAAAUGACAACUAAAUUAUAAAUAAUUGCGUGCCACUUUAUAUAAAUUUGAUAGCAAAUUGUUUGGUUUAAUUCACACAUUAUGUAUUGCCACAUAUAUAUGUGUGCAACAUGUUGUACACUAAGGUCGUACAUAUCGGAUAUGAUGUUUGACAUUAAACCGUAGAUUUAGUAAAUAAGUAACUAUUGCGCAAAUGAUGCACUGCCUGUCUUAGUAUUAAAUUAUGUUAUGUACGAAAUUAUAUAAACAUGAUAGGAUAAUUAUAGUGUUGCAUUUUAAUACUUCUUUGAGGCGUUUAUGUACAUUUUGAUCUCAACAUGAUCGCGUGUUUGGUUUGUUAAUGACUUGUAAGGUAUAUAACACCAUUGAUUUAGCUUCUGUACAGUUUGUAUCGUCCCUCGAUGUCACUUCUUAUUUUGAUGUUUAAAUCUUUUUUUAAAAGUACUAUUCACAAUAGGCGACAAUGGGUUUUCACUUUACCUAAUAAUAUAACAUUUGUCGUUAUUAACCAUUAUAACUUCAUAACCAGAUAUUUGAGAACUUUAAUGUUAUCUUCUGCGCCUUUUGUGAAAAGUAUAAAUUGAAAUUAAUCUAUAACUGUAUCCUCAAAAAAUAUUUUCUUAUGUGUAUAUUUAUACGCAAAUAUAUCCACAAACAUGCCUUAACUGACGAGAAUAGUUAUAAUGUAUAAUAAAAUAUCACAAUAAGAUGAUGUUAUAAUAAUAUUAUAAUGUGAAUCGGUAAUAUAUCUCUUAUGCUGGUUAAAAGAGGUACAUGUAAUCUGUAAUUUGUAUUAUACCUAAUAUGGAAUAAAAAGUAUAAAAUAUUAGUAAUAUUAAGUAUAUGUAAAUACAUCUAUAUUUAUAAUAUACCUACCUAAUCCUUAUAUUUCGUUCUUCUAAUCUUUAUACAAAGCAAUAUGUACCUAUACUUUACCUACUUGUCUAUUUAUUAAUGGUUCAGAUUUAUAUGUAUUGUCUUCCAAAAUACGUACGUUUAUAAAAUUACUUACAUUUCUUCCCUCCGUUUAAUUUGAAUAUCAGUCACAUUUUAAAUUUAAAUAUUUUAUUUUUUAUUAGAUACUAUUUACCACAUAAUUGGGAUUUGAUAUAAAAACAUUAUUAAAAUAUGAAAAUUUUACAAUAAUUAUUAAAUGAUUGAAAAAGAUUAGCAUAGAACGUGCGGGUUUAAAUCCCGUUUGUUUUAAAACUUCCUAUUUUAUAGCCUUCGAUUUUCAUAUUUUAAUAAUAUUUCUAAAUUUAAUUAGUUCAGGUUCAAACUUUUGGAAUGAUAACAAUUAAAUACAGAAGAAAGUAAGAAAAUUAUAUGUGUGAGUCACAACAGAUUAAGAGUUUCGUUGCAUUUACUCGACCUUUACGUAAUUAAACUUUAUUUCACGAAACCUUACUGUACAACAAAUUUUAUCAAAAAAGUGAAGCUCGAAAACUCUUUACUAUUUUUUUAUAUUAUUUUUAUAUGACGUAUCCAGGAUCCCUUUAGACAUAAUUUAUAUUUACUCCAUACUGAGUAUCUAGUCAAGACAAUGUCUUAUAAUAUAAUCCACAAAAAAUAUCAUAUAUUCUUUGAUAAUUAGUUACAAAUUGCAAACAUCUUAUUAUAGAAAAUGUAAACAAUAAUAUAAAAAUUUCAGUUUUUUGCAAUUCUUACACAAAUUAUUUGCACGAUUAAUAAAAAGGUUGUCUCCGCACCAACUUGAAGAAUUAUUUUUAAUCAACUUUAAAAUGGAGGAAAUUCAUUAAUUCCUCACUAUUGUUUCUCAGUUGUGACUGCAUACAAAGAAGUAAAUAGUUACAUAAUAAUAGAUACUAAAUACUACAAAAUUUAUUAAUAAAUAUUUAUAUAAAGCCUCGUCCUAUAAGUACUUACCAAAACAAAUAUCUACCCAAUAGAGAAUUAACAUGAAUAACAAUAUGGCCUUAAAAGUAUAUUGUUGAAAUACUAAAAAUUAGGUAGGUACCUACUUUAAUGUGAAAAGAGCGAAUUGUAUUGUGUUACCAUCAAAGGAAUGGGGUAUAGACACUAAGGUAAUGAAGUUAGUAGGAUGAAUAAUGGUGCUUAUUAUAGUUAGUUAUUGUACAGAAUAAAUUCUCUUUCGAUAUUUUUAUACAUUACUGUUGGUUGUUAACUAUAACAAAUGUCUCAUAACAACCACAAAUAAUUAGAUAAUAUUAAUAUUUAUUUCUUUCUAAUAUAAUAUUAGGACAAUGUUCUAUAUCGAUGCGAAUCAUAACUAUAAUCUUGUGCAAUCAGCAGUUUAAUUUAAAGUAACAGGUAUAUAUCAAUAAUAUUUGUAUGAAUAUAAAUAAAUAACUUACUUAUACUUAAUAAGUUAUAUCACGCCGGAGUGACUUGUAUAUGUAUUAGGUACGAUCCUUAAAUUAAUAACAUCUAAGGUUGAUUAUUAUAUUAUUAUACCACUCAAGUCGCUCAUUAUUUUAAUGUAAUAUAUAAUACAUUAGCUUUUUUACAAUUUUGUCGGUCACAAACGAUUAAAUAAUAACUGUGAUAUUUACUUGUAAAAAUGCCAUAACUGAUUGGCAAUAAAAAUAAAUCAAAGUUUUUGUAAUCUUUAAAAUAACCACCCAGUGAAUAUUUGUAGAUUUGGGUAAGUAACUAAUUAAGUAAUAUAAUAUUUUAUUUAAGGAAUUAAAAACAAAUAAAGAACUUUCUGUGAA